CGCCCCGCGACAUCCAGUGCUUUUCUGGGAUUCCAUAUAUUAUCACUGAUUCUAUUUGCGUGAACGAUUUCAUUGUGUCCGCGACAACAUGUCUGACAGGGAAUUUAGCUCAAAUGACGAUUUAUCGCUCCCCAAAGCGACUGUCCAGAAAAUCAUCACUGAAAUCCUCCCCUACUCCUCCGGCCAGACCUUCUCCAAAGAUGCCCGCGAUCUGCUCAUGGAAUGCUGCGUCGAAUUCAUCACCCUGAUCUCAUCUGAAGCCAACGAUAUCAGCGAAAAGGAGGCAAAGAAGACCAUCGCUUGUGAACACGUUGAGAGGGCUCUGCGCGAUCUUGGGUUUGGUGAUUACAUUCCGGAUGUUCUGGCUGUUGCGGAGGAGCACAAGGAACAGUUGAAGUCACGAGAAAAGAAGCAGAGCAAGAUGGAACAGAGCGGUUUGUCCGAAGAGGAACUUCUACGACAGCAGCAGGAGCUGUUUCGGUCUGCGACGGAAAAGUACAACGCCGCUCCGGAAUAAGCACUCGAAUUUUGGUCGCUGGGCAUAUAUAUUUGGAUUUGGAGUUUGUCUUUUGGUUUGGAGUUAAUGGUUCUUGGCUUUGACCGCGAUUGGAAAAUGGGAUAUAGCGGGUUUUUCUUAUUGUCCUAAUAUCGCAUUCUAUGGCAUUCCGCAUAACAUGAUAUCUCUUAUCGAGCUUCGUGGAUCUUCAAUUGUGUUCACUGGUCAUUGUUCGAUCAGCAGGGCACAAGACCCUGUAUACCAUAUCAUGAAGACCAUUCCUAUCUUAUCCAGAAAAAAAAAAAAAAAAGCCAACUCUUGCCGGUGCGUCGUUACAAACCAACCGUCUCGGAAGACUGCAUCGUGCUGAAACGGCCUGUACAUGAUUGUCCAGAACCGGUUUGGCUUGCCAAUAAAAUAUUAAGAGAUCUUGCGAUCGUACUUUGGUCCUGCAUAU